GGGCUGGCGGCGCCGACGCGGAAGCAGCGGCAGCGCGCGGCCGCCGCAGGUGAAUACGGCAGGGCCGGCGGCGGCAAGGCAAGGGCAUGCGGCUGCCCUGGCUCUUCGGGCGGCUGAAGGCGGCGGUCGUCGGGGUGGUACACGUGGGAGCGCUGCCAGGGACACCAAGAAGUUCUCUUCCAAUGACCCAGAUCAUUGAUCAAGCUUGUCAAGAAGCAGAAACUUACAAGGAUGCUGGAGUUGAUGGCCUGAUAGUGGAAAACAUGCACGAUCUUCCUUACACAGUGUGUCCUGGGCCUGAAGUAACUGCAGCAAUGACAGUCAUUAGUGCUGCAGUGAGAAAAACCUGCCCUGAUCUCACGCUGGGUGUCCAGAUCCUGUGUGCUGCAAAUCAACAGGCAAUUGCAGUUGCUCUUGCUGCAGGUCUUGAUUUUAUCCGGGCUGAAGGGUUUGUGUUUUCUCACGUUGCUGAUGAAGGGAUUAUAAAUGCUUGUGCGGGUGGCCUGCUACGAUACAGAAAACAAGUUGGAGCAGAGAACAUACAGGUUUUUGCUGAUAUUAAAAAGAAGCAUAGUGCUCACGCUCUGACGGCAGAUGUCAGCGUGGCCGAGACUGCUGCAGCUGCCGAGCUCUUCCUGGCUGAUGGGGUUGUACUGACUGGCACGGCUACCGGAUUGCCCGCAGAUCCUCGGGAGCUGAAAGAGGUUCAACACGCUGUGAAGAUUCCUGUGCUGAUUGGGUCUGGAGUGACUCUAGAGAAUGCAGCACAUUUCUGUGGCACUCAAAGCCAUCAUCGAUGCAAAACCAAAGCUCUCCAAAGGCGUGUGUAAUAUAUUCUCUCCUAUAAGUAAAAUGCUUAUGGAGUUUAAGAGUUUGUAGUAAAUGUUCAUCACAGGUGAGAUGAGUUUUGUUUUGCCUAUGAGUACAAUAUUAGAUGCCCUAAGUUUACAGCUAGGAGUAUUGUAAAUUGGACAAGUUAAUUAGCCUUUUAGUUUUCCCAUCUGUAAAAUGAUGAUAAUAGUACCUACAUCACACAGGGGCUGUAAGACAUAAUAAACAAAUGAAUAUACAGCAUUUUCAUCUCCUUAAAUGAAAGGCUCUAUUAAAGUUCAAGAUCAUUAUUUUUUCAUUAGAAUUGUGCAUUUAUUACAAAAAUGUAGCAGUUGUAUACCACACAAAAAGGCAAGAUAAUUGGGAAAUUGGCUUACUUACCAUUCUUAUUAGAGAAUAAAUGUAAAUAGUUGCAUUUUAAUCAAAGUCAGAAUUUUGUCAAAAUGUUUUUUGCAAAACUGGGAGAUUUUAAUAAAGGUUUAUUGUUAUUUUCCAGCAAACUCCUAUAGCAUUGUACCUCUCCAGACUAGUAUUAGUAUGCACAAGGUGUAAUUAUGAUGGAAGCCUUUCCACCAAAGCUGACAGGUAAACAGUGUAAUUUUUACUGUAAAAUGUAGAGGAAAAAUAUGACAGUCUCACUGGAUAUGUUGUAAGAGAUUCUUCUUGAAUUUGAUCUUUAGUCUCUAAACAAGUUUCAAAUAACCCAAGCAAUGCCUGUUAUGUCAUGGCUGUGUAAGAUGUAGGCUUAUGUUUUCGUGUUGUGGGACUGGAUGCUAAGUGCUUUGGCAUCUCUCUGUCAUUGACAUCUAUGCUACGAGGCUUCCGCUGAUCCUAAUGAAAGUCUUUAUGGAUACCAAAGCAAGUAUAUGAACACAUUUUUUUGUGUUAGCUGCCCAUGCCUCUCUGAACAAAAGAUACAUCCUCCUUCCAAAGGAAAAAAAAAUCUUCAAGAAAGUUCAUUUCAUUAACAUAAUGGUGAUUCAGGAACACCACAGCAUGAGAUGAAGUCUCCCUAUGUAUCUUUUUUCUGGACUAGUCUGUCUCCCACAUGACUCCCAUCAAAAGCAGUGAAAUGUUUUUUGUGUGCUGACCUCAUGGAGGAGAGAUUCUUUAAACGCUAUGAUGACCAUGAAAUCCUUCAGCUUCUCUUCCUUUUCCUCCUAAAUAUGCUGACAAAAUCUCAGUGCAUAGAAAUCCUUUCAGGUGCCUGUUUAUUGUGGCCAGCACUAUUUUUUAAGUCUGCAAUUACAUAGGUGCUAGUUAAUCUGCCAUGUGUUUGGACUUCCAUCAAAAUUCAUAGUUCUGCCCAAACCACUUCUCUCCACUAUUUCUCUUGUGCCAGCAGGAGCAUUCAUGUGGCCUCAUGAUUAUUAGGAAACUGAUUCUAGCUGAAAGUUGGCCAGGUCACACUCAGAAAAGGGUCGAGAAGAGGAAUAAAACACAGGUCAUCUUCCUUCUCCCUUGGGUCUCCAGCUCUAACUCCCAAGUGGCUGGUUAUAGGCAGUGCAGAAAUUAUUUGAGGAUCAUGGAGAUACUUUCUAAAUCUGUCAUACACACACUCAUUCACCCACAGCAUAUUUCCCAGGCAAAGCACCAAUAUUCUUUAGUCUUUUAAGUUCUUAGCCUAAGUACUGAGUUCGGUCUUAGGUCUUCUUUCUUGUGAAAAAACACCAUGUUAAUAAAAAUUUUAAAAGAAUUAAUUUAGAUAUCAGGGUGCUUAAAUGAGUAUAUAUUCUUUACUUUUGUGUAUUUAGGACUGUUUUCAGGUCUUUCACAAGUUGCAUAUAUUAAUAUACAUCAUUACAGAGAAGAUUCAGUGGUGAUUGUCCCAGUAGGUUAUUUUCUAAUUUAAUUGUUAUCAAAUUUGACAGUUAUUUUCAGUAAACCUGUGACAGAAGUUGAACAUAAGCAAUAAGCACAUCUUCAAGUAGUCAGCUGAAAACUACAACCCAUACACUGAUAAAGAUUGUUCAGUGAUGAUAAGUAUGUUUAAAACCCCCUAAUUGCCGUUGCCAAAAGUCACAUUCAUCCCUGUGAAUGUGUUACCUGAAAACUCAGAAGUGACUGAGACUCUUAAUGGGUUUUCAUCUGAAUAAAAGGUAAUGAGAACUUCUUCAGUGCUGUAUGCAAGGUGCAGUUGAAGUAAAGUCAUACACAGUAGCCUUUGUAAGACAGAAACCCCAAUGAAUUGGUGUAAUAUUCGUAAGAUGCAAUGAAUACCAUAGACAGCACUUACACUGUCAGGAUUUCUUUUAGCACACCAUUGUGUGACACUUAUGGAAGGCCCAGGACAUAAUUUGGGUCUGCAUUGCUACAUAUGAAUGGUAAGUGCAGAAUUUAGGGAACAGAAGUAAAGGAAAGCUGAUUUUAAAGCCUGGAAAUGUGACUGAUCGCCAACUCUUUAUCAUUCUUUGUGCCAAAAGUAUUUGUCUAGCAGCAUUAAGCAUCUGCUUGCCUGUUUCACACAGAUGCUGUAAAUAGAGUUUGACCUUUUGUUCAGAAAGUGUUUGAAUAUUUAAUGCAAAAAUAUGAAGUUAUCAGAAAGGCUGUCUCUUUUGGGAAGAGUGUUCAAUUUUUAUAAGCCCAAGUUGUUGAAGUACUUUGGAGCGUGAACAUCUUCAGAGCAGAACAAAGCAGGCAGUGCUAAUGUGUAGAAACUCCAGAAGUAAAUAACAGCUGCUCAAGAAGACUUCUAUUAAAUAUGUAUUAAUUAAUUUGAAGUGCAUCACUUAAAUAUGUGAAGAGAUUAUCUUGUGUUAAUUUACAUUAAAACACACAGCACUUGUUAGCCUCAUUACAGUAUCCUAAGUAUAUCCUAAGCUAUCACCUCAUCCUACAUUGAGCAUUUUGUUGGGUGUUGAUUGCUUUCGAUUUGCCCUUUUAAAAUGUCAGAUAGUGGCCUCCCUUUCUUGUUGAAUCUCUUCCUCCAGGUUUUGCAUAGUUGCUGUACUUGUGUCUAUUCUGUGCUAAGUGGAAAAAACUUAGAAAGAGAUUGUGAAAAUAAACAGUUAUUGCCCACAGCUCAGUUCCCUGAUGUGCCCACCUGAACUUUGUUCAUGGUUCUUGCUGUUCACUUACGAACCAGGAGAGAGAACAGAAGUGUCCGUUUGUGUAGCAAGAUGACAUUAGAAGAAGGUUCAGUAUCCCCUUUGGUACAGGAAAGAUACCUAGUAAAAUGGGAGUCUCUUCAGUGCAACUGUAAAUUAAGCUCACUGAUAAUAAUAGACUUUGUGGUCAAAAUCAAUAUAUAAAUCUCAAUAAACCUUCAUUCCAUGGAUAAAACUUAAAUAUUCUUAUCUGGACCUAACAAGACAUAUUGUCUUACCUAUUUUGGUGCUGAAAAUAUGUAAGCUUUUAAGACUUAUGGAUGAUUUCCCAGUAGUUUCUUUGCUGUUUCAUGUAGGCAGCUGAUCCAGUUGCUAAGCCAUUCUUUCAUUUCAUUAUUUUGAUUCUGUAGACUAUGUAAUUAGAAGUUGGAGUCCAGUUGGUGUUUCCUGCAGCUAUUCCAACAAACUUCUCACUGGGGGAAAAAAUGAGAAAUAUAAAGAAGUUACUGGCAGGUCCUGGCAUAGCAGGAAGGCUGAAGGAAACCAAAAUAUUUGGAUUUAGUAAAAUCUCAAAGACCAUGACAAAUUGCUGUGUUGCAUGGUUCUCUUGAGAGAAGUGUGUGGGGAUGUUUGCUGUACUUUCAGGGUUUUUGCAGCCUCUUCAGUUAAGACUAUGAGUUCACACUAAGGUUAUGUUUCCAAGAUCAUCUCUGCUGCUAUGUGUGCUUAGGGAGACAUUUUUUCCUAAACAAAAGAUGAAGUUCUGUGGGAUAAUUAUGGUAAUAAAGGAUGAUAUCUGUAGCAAAAUCCACAGCUCCUUGAUGUAAGAACAGAUUUAGAUGUAUGUAUCUUCAGAAAGAAGCUAUUAAAGGCAUGCAUUACAAGAACUUUGCUUGCUUCAUGUACCUUUGCCUUUACAUCCAGUCAGUGUUUGCUGUGCAGAGGAACUCUAGAAGUUGUGCUUAGGAACAGAACUGUCUGUGGCUUUUUUGUCUUUCACAUUUGUAGUGCUCAAGUAUGUGACCUAAAUACUAAAUUGUUCAGAAAGGCUGGAGAAUUGGGCUCAGGUACUCUUUUUGUGGGCUAACAUGCUAUGGUGUGUACUAGAAUUGAACUUCCACUCCACAGUGCAGCUGCAGAAAUGCCAUCAGAAUCUAAAAUCUUCCAGAGAGACAGAGCUGUAUUCCUGCUUUAGAGCUGUCAGGGAAACCCAUGGUGAUUAGCUCCUUGCUUUUAUAAGAACCAGUGCCUGUACUGGGGCUUGCAAUAAAUUGUUCACGUUCAGA